CUUUCAUCGUGGAGCUUUUGAAUGACAAGGAGGCUGUUCGUACUUACAAUACAUAUAGCUUUCUAUUUAAGCCGGCUGACUACUGCUUUAAAGUUAAUUCAGAUUUGUUUGUCAGAAUAAAAAAACUGUAUAUUUUUAACCUUAUAUCAUGUCUACACCAGCGAGAAGGCGACUUAUGAGAGAUUUUAAACGGCUACAGGAGGAUCCCCCAGCUGGCGUUAGCGGAGCCCCGUCUGAGAACAAUAUCAUGGUGUGGAACGCAGUGAUAUUCGGGCCUGAAGGGACACCCUUUGAAGACGGCACAUUCAAGCUGACAGUGGACUUCACAGAGGAAUAUCCAAAUAAACCUCCCACAGUUCGAUUUGUCUCAAAAAUGUUUCAUCCAAACGUGUAUGCCGAUGGCAGUAUUUGUCUGGAUAUUCUGCAGAAUCGCUGGAGUCCGACCUAUGAUGUAUCAUCCAUUCUCACUUCCAUCCAGUCUCUGCUGGAUGAGCCUAACCCCAACAGCCCGGCAAACAGCCAGGCAGCCCAGCUGUACCAGGAGAACAAGCGCGAGUAUGAGAAACGUGUGUCUGCCGUCGUGGAACAGAGCUGGAGGGACAGUUGACCUGCCGUACUCUCGGGAACACUAAACUUUGGGUCAUCGUAGCGAAUAAUCCCCUUCAUUUCUGUUUUUAUCCUUCUCAUGCACUUUACUCGCCUACUCCACCAUCUUGGACAGUGUUUGUAAUUUUUUUUGCCCUGACACUAGGAUUGUUUCUUACUGUGAGACGUUUCCAAUGCAGUCUUUCCCCAAUCUGCUCUUUGAAAGUACCCAGCAUUUCAGAUUUCUCUUGAAUAUCAGUGACUGCGCUCUCCUUUGGUGACCAAGUGGACUGAUAUGCAUUUGGUUUUGAAAAGUAAUCGUAACAAUCUGCUAUGGCCCUUCUGGCUCUGGGUAAUCCUUGAGAAGGUAGUGUCCCUUCACUUACUGACUGGGGAGUUCCCCCAGAGUAAUGGCAGUACCAUGUUUUGCCACUAGAUGGCAAGAAAGGUCAGCAAAGACAGUAAUUGCAGCCACUUAAACUGUUACUGUUCAGUUCUUGCUUGAUCAUAGGAGUUCUGUUUACUUUCAUAUUCGCAUGGCCCAGGUGCUGUUGGGACUCUAAACUCAUCUUGUGUGUGUAGGCCUGCCCUCACUGUCCUGUAGUAAACAUGUGAUGUCUGUUUGAGGCCAAGCUCACUCUUGGAUGGACACGAGAGAUCCCGACUCCCUCUGUUGUGAUCUGUCUUGCGUGCACAAAUGUGUGAAAGCUACAUGUUGUCUUGCUGUCUUUUAUGUUCUCUUCUGUUUAGUUAGUAAAUGUCUGGAGGUUUGGAAAAAUUGUUUGUGGGCUCACUUUUUUCAGAGCUUAUAAAUGCAAGGACCCAGG